AUGCAGAGUCAAACAUCAGAACUUAAACUUCAACAUCAAAGCAUUCCGAGCACUGUCUCAACAUCUAUGGAUUCCAUAGAUAUUGACUCUUUAGGUUCUCAAAAUAUUGAAUCUAAGUCUUGGUUGGAUGAUAUUUUAAAUAAGCAGGGUAUUCAGGAUAUUACUGAAAGUAUUUUAUCAUUAAUUCACAAUGAGAAUAAGUUAAUGAAUACUUUUAACAAGAACGGCUGCAUUGUUUCCACAAAGGUCUACUUGCUUAAACAGGCUGAAAAAUCUCCAUCAAUAAUUACAAUUGUUGAACUUGGAAAGAAUAUUGAAAGUCACCCAAAUGUAGUUCAUGGUGGGUUUUCUGCUACUUUAGUUGAUAAUUGUCUCGGAAUUCUUGCUACUCAGCUGUUCAAAUUCCCUGUUACAAAAACUCUUAAUCUGGCUUAUAAGAAACCAAUUCAGCCAGGCCAAACAAUCGUCAUUAUUUCUAGAGUUAAAGAUCAUGAAAAAGUAGAGGGUGAAUCGACCAUUCAGUUAGACAGAUGCACUCUAAUUUCUGAGAUUUUUAACAUGAAUCAGAAUUUACUUCUAUCAUCAGAGGCUGUUUUUGUUGAUAUCUCAGGCAGAGCCAAAAAGUGA